AUUACCAUGUGCAUGUCGGGACAUGCCUAUCUUCUUCCGUGAGGCGUCCUAUGUUUACUGUGUCGUGAAAGCACUACGGCGGGAUUCACUGAUACAAAUCACAGAGUCACUUCCAGAAGCUGCUGCCAAGGCUCCAAGCUCUAAUUUGUUGUGCUGUUUAAUAUCAUCCGUUCUACUGCCGAUUCCACAGUGUAAGAUGUAGUCGUUCUCAGCGAUUGGUUAAACGGGCACUUGUUGUCAUGAGUCACACCGUGACAAGGCAAGGCAGCUUGCCUGACCUCCGCGAAACCUCAGACUUCGUGGUUGACCACGAUACCAAGGAGAUGUUAGAACUUCGAGACGAGAUGUUGAAUUUACAUGUUAAACCUGCGUACAACUCGCCGAGGAGCGCAUGGUCUGCUGGGUCAUCGAGGCAAGAACUAGAUAGGCUAAGAUUACAGACUCCCCAAACGCCACAGAUAAAACCACAGGAACCAGUAAUUAACGGGGAUAUCAAAAACACGCCGCACCCACCUCCUCAAAAUGGACUUAGAAUAACGGGGAAAAAUCUGCCUAUUCUGCCGUCAAAACAACCGCUAAAUGGUCCCAUGCACACGCGGGUGUUCGCAGUGCCGCCGAAACCGCCGUCAACGAUGAAAGAGGGAGCAAGACGUGUUACGCAGGUUUAAGGAGGAAACAUUUUUUUCAUCUGUUAUUCAAACUGUUUGUGGAUAUUCCAACAUAUGUGCGAAGUAUUAACAUUGUCAAAAUAAACUCGAAGGUGAAAUUGAUAUCCGCACAAAUGGCACAAAGUAACUGCUCGAAGAAAACAAUAUUUUUUAUCUCAUCAGUGAUUGGGCAACAACGUACACCAAUCACAGGUGUUUACAAGUCAUGUGACAAAUGUUAAAUGCGUUUUGUGCAACGAUACACAAUUAUAGACUGCAUAAGAGUAACAAAACAUUUACCUCAGAAAACGACGCUAAAAUGAAGCUUCGUCAUCAAUAUAUAUUACUUUACAUUUUAUUCCAGAGGGCGCUCUACUAAGACUUUUCGACAAUCAUGUACCCGUUCAUACCUGCCUGCAUGUAUGUCACCAUGUCACCCAAGAACUUGUAGGCUUUAAGUCUUUGCUUGACACGGGCUCGCUCUCCAUUUUUGCUGUCUUUGGUAUUUGACACUUCUCCAUUAUCUGAUUGGAUGACAGCUGCUCUCGUUUGACAGUCAUCUACGUCACGAUGACAGCCAGCUACGUCACGUUGAUUCGAGGAGCGUACUCGUGUCCUAUUCUAUCGUAGUAUUAUGUAACUAGACCGUUCUCCAAUGAGUCAUUAUUUGAUUCAAUGCUAUUUCUUAUAAGCGCCCUCAAGCGACUAAGAAAUUCUGUGACGUAAAUGAGUGACAUGCAAUCCGUUCAACGCCGUUCAAUGUCCUCAGUCAACACAAAACAAUGUUUUUGAAACAUUACAACAUAACCAAACACAGUCAUCUAGCGAGAACGACACACCGUCAUCCAUCAACACCAUUUUAACGUUAUAUACAUCAUCGUCUUAGGACGCGAUUGCUAGUAAAUCUGUGUUGGCACAUCAUAUAGUGAAAGUUUUGAUACUUCUCAUCCAAUCAGAUUUGGCGUUUUGCAAUACGGUAGAUAAUUUCAUAGUUAGUUUCUUUAGUAUCAGUGUAGUAUAUUAGAAACAUUUUUUUUUAUAUUUUCGUUGUCAAACUACUAAAUAUUCAGCAUGUGCGAAUACCUACGGGAUUCGAAUGUUGGCCCGCAAGCAUCACCGUCCAAGUAUUAUCCAAUCAAUGAAUUCAAUGAAUUAGUACGCAGUUCUAGUCACGUGCUGGUAUGUAAAUUAGUAUGGUCCAAAAAGUUGCAACUUUUCAUAUUUUUAUGUCCAUCGUUUUACACGUAUGCUUUAGGCAACUCAAAUCGAAGUUGUUGAUGUAUAUUAUCUAUUUGUCACAACUAAUUUCAAUAUUUGUCAAAUGCAACAACAAGAUAUAUUAAAGGGCGGUAGUCGUCGUGCCGCGUCCUGUUCGAAAUGGGACUCAUAGCGACGUAUACAACGCGUGUAAAAUACAUUGUUUAUUUACAUAAAAUGCGAACACGCGCUGCGCGACGACCACCGCGCGUUAAGAGCAAUAUAUUUUUAACAUUUUUAGAAAAAUUGAGAAAAUUCAUUUAAUGUAUUAAAUUGAAUUUGUUUGCCGUAAUUUACAGUAUUUUGAAUAGUUGACCAUAUAUGGAAAUUGUAUGCAAAUCUUGUUGGACCAUAUUUCUUAUUUGUAAUAUCAUACUAUUCCAUGUAGAUAAAACUAAGAACACGAUGGAAUACGAGCUGACGAUGAUUUUUACGAAAUUUAGUGCCUUUUUAAUAUUUAGCUCUUUUGGAAGUUAUGAAUAUUUGGUAGAGUGCUAGCUUCUUCGGUUUAUGUACGUUUUUGUACAGUAGUUUUAAUAGAAUGUAUUGGAGUUUAGUUAUAUCUAAUAAAAUAAAGCUGAUAUUUUGAGCAAAA